GGAUUUCUAGCCAAUUCUUUUCCCUUGCUCGUCUGAUACCGAAGGGUUUCAAUUCUGAGCCCCGUCUUGUCUCGUACACUUGGAGUGAUUGAAACAACAUUGGCCAGCUAUGUCGUCUGUCGCGAGAGCACUGCGCCCGGCUGUCCGGGCCAGCGCACGUGGUUUGUGCGGUCUGCGAACGGUUCCAAGGAUAGUACGGCCUGUACAGAGAUCAACGAGUAUACAAAAUGCAAGGUGUCUAUCCAGCACGCCCCUCCUCCGCUCGGACAUCACCGACAUCCCGCCUACGCCUAUCACGCACCUCUCUGAGAUCGAGUCGGCCAUGCAGGAGUCCGUCUCUAAGUUUGCCAACGACGUGAUCGCCCCCAAGGUGCGCGAGAUGGACGAAGCCGAGAAAAUGGACCCGUCCAUCGUCGAGCAGCUGUUCGAGCAGGGGCUCAUGGGCAUCGAGAUCCCUGAGGAGUUUGGCGGCGCCGGCAUGAACUUCACCGCUGCCAUCCUGGCCAUCGAGGAGCUUGCCCGUGUCGACCCUUCCGUCAGCGUCCUGGUCGACGUCCACAACACGCUGGUCAACACCGCCAUCCUGAAGUGGGGGUCCAAGGACCUGCAGAAGAGGUUCCUACCCAAGCUCGCGACGGGCACGGUAGGGAGUUUCUGUCUGAGCGAGCCGGUGAGCGGGAGUGAUGCGUUUGCCCUGGCCACCAAGGCAACGGAAACGGCAGAUGGGUACAAGAUCUCUGGAAGCAAGAUGUGGAUCACCAACUCCAUGGAGGCGAACUUCUUCAUCGUGUUUGCGAACCUGGACCCGAGCAAGGGCUACAAGGGAAUCACGGCUUUCAUCGUCGAGAAGGAUAUGAAGGGGUUCUCGAUUGCCAAGAAGGAGAAGAAGCUCGGCAUCAAGGCCAGCAGCACAUGUGUCAUCAACUUUGACGAUGUUGAGGUGCCCAAGGAGAACCUGCUAGGCGAGAAGGGUCAGGGUUACAAGUACGCCAUCGCUCUGCUGAACGAGGGUCGGAUCGGCAUUGCUGCACAGAUGACAGGGCUGGCGCUGGGCUCAUGGGAGAACGCGGUCAAGUACGUCUGGAAUGACCGGAAGCAGUUCGGCCAGCUGGUCGGCGAGUUCCAGGGCAUGCAGCACCAGAUCGCGCAGUCUUAUGUCGAGAUCCAAGCCGCAAGAGCCCUAGUGUACAACGCAUCAAGAAAGAAAGAAGCAGGCGAGGACUUUGUGAGAGAUGCUGCCAUGGCGAAGCUGUAUGCCUCUCAGGUGGCCGGAAGGGUAAGCGGCCUCGCCAUCGAGUGGAUGGGAGGUAUGGGUUUCGUGAGAGAGGGAGUUGCCGAGAAGUUCUGGAGGGACAGCAAAAUUGGCGCCAUUUACGAGGGGACAAGUAACAUCCAGUUGAACACCAUCGCGAAGCUGUUGCAAAAGGAGUAUACGUACUAGACGGCAGGUUUAAUCAUCGAUUCGAGAGUUGCUCUUGCAUGUGAGGAGUUUUUCGGCUCUCUUACGUUCUGGAUCUCUGGGGAAGAACUCUCAAGUGUGUCUCUUCCCUGUACGUAAUUUUUCUUUGACCUUCAGCAUCGCUCUAGAGAUUGAUACAAAAGCAUUUCACAAUCCAUACUUGC